AUGGAUUCAUAUAAUUUUGAUCCUUCCAAGUUUGAGUUGGACCCGGAGUUUAAGAAUUCAAAGUGUCUAAACCUCUGCGAGUUACAUUUGAUUCUCGGGGAUCAGCUACGCCUACACCACAAUAGAAAUGACACAGCUAUUCAAUUCAUCAAAACUUCACACGAAUACGCCAGCCGCUUCUCAAUACUCAAGUGCCGCAAUGCCAUCGUUGACAUUAGAACGACAAUUGAACGUGACGGCCUUUUACACGAGUUUGAGAUGGCCAGCUUAGUCAAUUUGUUGCCAAAAUCGGUUGAAGAGGCAAAAUCACUUAUUCCUUCUCUAUCCAGGAUAUCGGACGAUAAGAUCAACAGCAUUCUCGAGCUUUUGGAGAGCUACAGAGUGCAAUCAUAA